AUGAGGUUACUCGCCGCCGCCGUCGUGUACGCGGCCCUGGUCAGCAGCGCUCCGACGAAGCGUUCCGAUGGCAAAUCUGGCGCUGAAAAUCCCGACGAGGCUGGCAGCACCGAAAGCCCUGCCAAGCCCGAAAGGGUCAUCAUCAACAACUGCUCGGCCGAGAAGAAGGCCAUCGCGGAGACGUCCUUGGCCCAAUGCGCCGCGCUCGCCAAGAAGGCCAAGCUGACGGCUGCCAACGGCAACCAUACCUUGAUGCAGUUUUUCUUCAAGGACAAGGAUCAAGAAGCCCGCAGCAGCGUCGCCGGCGUCUUCGAGACGGCCGGCGCCGAGUGCGCGAGCAUGGCCAAGACGACCGUGACCUGCCAGCUCGCCGGCGCCGCCGUGGACAUGUGCACCACCGGUUGCGGAGGUAAAGGCUGCGGCGCCGUCACCCAGGACCACGUUGUCUACCUCUGCGACAACUUCUUCAUCGCCGGAGACAAGCGAAACAAGCAGUGCGGCGGAAUAGAUGCCGGCAACACCAUGCUCCACGAGAUGACCCACGCCUUGUCUCGCACGGGCGAUAAAGGGUACGGCCUGGGCAACAUCGCGAAAUUGUCCGAAGACGACAGCCGUAACAAUGCCGACACCUAUUCUCAGUUUGCUCAAGCCGCCGAUUUGGAAUGUUCCCAGGACGACCUUGCGAAGCAGGCGAUGAAGACGCCGGGCGGACCUCAGGGCACCAACGACGCUCCCCCCGGAAUCAAGGAGGCCGUCGCCUCCAACAUGGCCCGAUGGGAAAAGGAGCAAGCCAUUGCCAGCAGCACAGGCCGCCCGUCGGACACUCCUGCCGCCAAGGCCGGAGACGCGGUGGCGGCCGACGACGAUGCCUCGGCCACUCCCUCGGCCACUCCCGCAUCCGAUGCCCGAGACAAGAAGGACAAGAAGAAGGCGGCGCCGGCCGACGUCGAUGCCUCGGACACUCCCUCGGCCACCCCCGCACCCGAUGCCCGGGACAAGCCAGCCAAGCCCGCCAAGCCUGCCGCCAAAGAGGAGGACCCGGAGGCGGCCGAAAGCUCGCCCGAACCCGAGGCCGCCCGCGGGCCCAAGGUUGACCGUCUCAAGGGUAAAGCCGCCGGCUACACCGACAAGGGUCAAAGUCAUGGGAAGAAAGUUGUCGGCUCCCGACGGAAGAAGGAAGCGGGCUUUCUCGACUCUUCCUCCGUCAGCCACUCAGUUGCCCCGUCCUCCACGGCCGAUGCCGAUGCCGAUGCCGAUGCCGACGCCGAUGCUCGAUCUGGCUUUCCGCUGCGGAAAGGCUCCGGCACUACCGGCAAGAAGUCCUCGUCUAGCUCGCGAAAGCCCGCUCCCAAACUCGACGACGGGGAGGUUCGAUCUGGCUUUCCACUGCGGAAAGGCUCCGGUACUACCGGCAAGAAGACUUCGUCUAGCUCGCCAAAGUCCGGUCCUAAACUCGACGACGGGAAGGUUCCCGCCUCUGCUGGCAAGGCGGCCGACGCCGACGCCGACGCCGAUGCUCGAUCUGGCUUCCCACGGCUGAACUCCACCUCCUCUACCGCUGGUGCAGAGACUGAUACGGAGGCCAAUGCCGACGCCGACGCCGAUGCUCGAUCUGGCUUCCCACAGCUGAACUCCACCUCCUCUACCGCUGGUGCAGAGACUGAUAUGGAGGCCAAGGCCGACGCCGACGCCGAUGCUCGAUCUGGCUUCCCACGACUGAACUCCACCUCCUCUACCGCUGAUGCAGAGACUGAUACGGAGGCAAAGGCCGACGCCGACGCCGAUGCUCGAUCUGGCUUCCCACGGCUGAACUCCACCUCCUCUACCGCUGGUGCAGAGACUGAUACAGAGGCCAAAGCCGACGCCGACGCCGAUGCUCGAUCUGGCUUCCCACAGCUGAAUUCUCUCAGCUCCACGAGCGAGGCACCAUCUAUGGAAACUCCCGCCCCUAAACUUGACAACGGGGAUGUUCCCAUCCCCUCUCCCGCCGCUGAUACAGAGCCUGAAACGGAGGCCAAGGCCGACGCCGAUGCUCAAUCUGGCUUCCCACAGCUGAACUCCACAUCCCCCGCCGCUGAUGCAGAGGCUGACACGGAGGCCAAGGCCGACGCCGAUCGUCGAUCUGGCUUCCCACAGCUGGAUUCUCUCAGCUCAACGAGCGAGGCCCCAUCUAUGGAAACUCCCGCCCCUAAACUCGACAACGAGAAUGUUCCCACCUCCCCCGCCGCUGAUUCCGAGGCUAACGCGGAGGCCAAGCCGGAGGCCGAUGCUCGAGCUGGCUCUCGACAGCCGAAUGCUUCCGGCCCUGAAAGUGAGGCCUCGUCCAACUUCAACGGUAUUCCUGAUCCCCAGGUGAUCGAUACCAACACGUCCCCCAACGGAGGCUUUGCUCCCUUGCGCCCGGACCAAAACAUGAAUGGUAAUCAAGCAGCUGCGGGCGGGAAUGCUCUGCAGAAUCAGGGCCCGCCAGCGAUAAGCUCCACCUCGACGACGACGCCGGCAUUGCCGGAAGCCACACCGGAGCCGACGCCGGAGUAUGAGGAGAACCGCGUGGAUCAGGGUCAGACGUCGCCUUUGCAAACGACGGCGGCGCAAGGCACGCUGAGGACGGCGCAGGACGGCGUGGAAAGCAACAGCGUCCAAGACGAGUCGACGACCGGAGCCUCGGGAUCCGCUGGCGGAAUCCUUUCGUCCCUUUUGGGCGGCUCACAGUCGCAGACCGCAGGCACGAGCCCUCAGGCCCAGGCUGGUGGGGACCCUCAAACCAACACUUGGGGUCAGACGGCCGGCAGCGGGAACGCCCAGGCCCAGGCCGGCAAUGAGUACUCUCAAGCCGGCGGGAACUCGCAAGCCAACACUUGGGGUCAGAUGGCCGGCAGCGGGAACGCCCAGGCCCAGGCCGGUAAUGGGUACUCUCAAGCCGGCGCGAACUCGCAAGCCAACACUUGGGGCCAGACGGCUGGCAGCGGGAACGCCCAGGCCCAGGCCGGUGCUGGGUACCCCCAAGCCGGCGGGUACUCCCAAGCCGGCGGGUACUCCCAAGGCGGCACCGGGGAGCAGGCGGCCGGCUUCGAGAACAGCAUCACACUCAGGCGCAGGCAAUGGGUAGCAUAG